AUGACACUGACAAGAACUGUCAUAAACAAAACUAAGGCUCACUUUGCCAGGUUUGGGAUUCCAAGAAUCUGGCACACUGACAACGGCCCACAAUUCACCAGCCAAGAUUACACAAACUUUGCCUCUCAGAAUGGCUUCAAACAUACCACCUCAAGCCCCUACCAUUCUCAAGGCAAUGGACUAGCGGAGGCAGCAGUGAAAGUAUCGAAGUCUAUGCUAAAGAAAUCAGAUGACCUCCAAAUCGCCUUGCUCAACUACAGGAAUACACCACCAAAAGGCCACACUUACACCCCUGCCCAACGCAUGGUGAGCCGUCGAACCAGAACAACACUCCCAACCCCUGACCACCUUCUGGAGCCCAUGUCAAUCAACCGUGACACUGUCUCAGCAGAGAUCGAGGCCAAGCGCAACGCCAGUAAAACUCACUAUGACAAGACAGCAGGUCCAGAGCACACCCCACUAAACAUUGGCGAGUUUGUGUACGCACAUCCUCCAACAAGCAAACCAGGAAGCCCAUGGGCAUAUGGCCGCGUCACUGGAAAACGCCACUCAAGGUCUUAUACCAUACACACACCACACAGCACUAUUCGACGAAAUCGGAUACACAUCAGGCGUGCCGCACCUCCCUCUCUCCCAAAACCACCUUGUCCUCCAUCUAUACUCCCACCCAGCCCAGGACACAACCUCGCGCCACACUGCAAUCCUCUGAGCUCAAAGACGAACGCACCCACCGAUCAGCCGCGACAGCAACCACCCCCCUCCCCAGACCCCACCAUCAGCGCACCAGACCUCAAAACCAUCUCCCCCACACCAAAGCCUCCGGCACCAAGCACACCCGACAUUGCCCAAAGUGAGCUGNCGACUGUGAAAUGGUGUCUUUUUGCACCUGAUCAAUUUUUUCUUUUGUAA